CCGCUCGCCCGAGAGCUGUUCGGCUGCGCCUACGCUGGCCGCGGCCGCUCGGCUGCGCGCAGCGGGGAGCCGCAGCCGGGCCAUGGGGCCGAGGCAGCGCCCGCCCCGGGCGCAGUGUCUGCCCGCUAGGCGACCGCGGGACCCGGCGGCAGGAGGCAGCAGCGGGGCUGCGCUCCGGCUGUUGUGAGAGGGCCGACCGCCGCUACUGCCCCGAGAAACCCGGAGAGACACCCCCCACACACACCCCAAAGGAGGAGGUGGCAGCACCCCCCCGACCCCCAGGACGCUCUUCCUGCGAGGGGCAGGCGGAGCUCCGCUGCCGGCCGCCCGGAAGCGGCGGGGCGCGCCCGGAAGCUGCGGCGAGCGGGAGGCGGUGCCACGGCUGCCACGUUGGAGCGGGCCGGGGACGUGUGAGCGCCGGGGACGCGGAGCAAGAUGAAGCUGAAGGAGGUUGAUCGAACUGCCAUGCAGGCAUGGAGCCCUGCCCAGCAGCACCCCAUUUACCUGGCCACAGGCACAUCAGCUCAGCAGCUGGAUGCAACCUUCAGCACAAGUGCUUCUCUGGAAAUCUUUGAGUUGGACUUGGCAGACCCUUCGCUGGACAUGAAGUCCUGUGCCACUUUCUCAUCUUCUCACAGGUACCACAAGCUGCUGUGGGGGCCCCACAGCAUGGCCUCGGCCGAGAGAGUCUCUGGAGUGCUGCUGGCUGGGGGGGAGAAUGGCAGUGUCAUCCUCUAUGACCCAGCCAAGAUCAUUGCUGGGGACAAGGAAGUCAUCCUAGCCCAGAAGGACAAGCACACAGGACCAGUCAGAGCCCUGGAUGUCAACAUGUUCCAGACCAAUCUGGUGGCCUCUGGUGCCAAUGAGUCUGAAAUCUACAUCUGGGACCUGAACAACUUUGCCACACCAAUGACCCCAGGAGCCAAGACUCAGCCUCUGGAGGACGUCAGCUGCCUCGCCUGGAACCGGCAGGUCCAGCACAUCCUGGCCUCCGCCAGCCCCAGCGGCCGAGCCACCGUCUGGGACCUCAGGAAGAACGAGCCCAUCAUCAAAGUCAGCGACCACAACAACAGGAUGCACUGCUCGGGCCUGGCUUGGCACCCUGACGUGGCCACCCAGAUGGUUUUGGCCUCCGAGGACGACAGGCUGCCUGUGAUCCAGAUGUGGGACCUGAGGUUUGCCUCCUCGCCUCUGCGGGUUUUAGAAAGCCACACAAGGGGUGUAUUGGCCAUUGCUUGGAGUAUGGCAGACUCAGAGCUGCUGCUGAGCUGUGGGAAGGAUGCAAAGAUCCUCUGCUCCAACCCCAACACAGGAGAGGUGCUGUAUGAGCUGCCCACAAACACCCAGUGGUGCUUUGAUAUCCAGUGGUGCCCCAGGAACCCCUCAGUCCUCUCUGCAGCUUCCUUCGACGGCCGGAUCAGCGUUUACUCCAUCAUGGGAGGCAGCAUGGAUGGCCUGAGGCAGAAGCAGGCUGACCAGCUCUCAUCAUCUUUUGGGAACCUUGAUCCAUUUGGUACAGGCCAGCCCCUGCCACCCCUGCAGCUGCCCCAGCAGGCUGCCCCCCAGAGCAUGGUCCUGCCCCUCAAGAAGCCACCCAAGUGGAUCCGGCGCCCCGUGGGAGCAUCCUUCUCGUUUGGAGGCAAGCUGGUGACCUUUGAGAACCCCAAGGCUCAGCAGCCAGGCUUGGAGCAGCAGCAGUGUCACCUUGUCUACGUCAGCCAGGUGGUCACGGAGAAGGAGUUCCUGGCCCGCUCAAACCAGCUGCAGGAGGCUGUGCAGUCUGAGGGCUUUGUAAGCUACUGCCAGGAGAAGGUGGACAUGGCCCAGACUGACUUUGAGAAGAAUGUCUGGGCCUUCCUGAAGGUGAACUUUGAAGAGGAUUCCCGUGGUAAAUACCUUGAGCUCCUGGGGUACAGAAAAGAUGAGCUGAAGAAGAAGAUUUCAUCCACCCUGAAGAAAAACCUCCUGGCAGAUGGUGACUUGGGAGAGGCUCCUGCAGGAUCUGAUGAAGCUGUGCUGAACGAUGGGGACAAAGGCCUGGCUACAGAGGAGCAGCUCCUGGGGGAGGGGCUGAAGGACCACAAAAAGGAAACUGAGGAUCUGGGACCUGCCAAGAAGACUUUCAACAUCUCUGUUAGUGGAGAUGUGGAUGGCUUGCUGAGCCAGGCGCUGCUGACCGGGGACUUCGAGGGGGCGGUGGAGCUGUGCCUCUACGACAACCGCAUGGCCGACGCCAUCAUCCUGGCCAUCGCCGGCGGCCGCGACCUGCUCGCCAGGACCCAGCGCAAGUACUUUGCCCAGAUGCAGAGCAAGAUCACCAGGCUCAUCACUGCAGUGGUAAUGAAGAACUGGAAAGAGAUUGUGCAGUCCUGUGACCUGCAGAACUGGAGAGAGGCUCUGGCUGCUGUGCUCACCUACGCCAGGCCAGACGAGUUCGCAGCCCUCUGCGAUCUGCUGGGGAGCAGGCUGGAGAGCGAGGGGGACAGCCUGCUGCAGACACAGGCCUGCCUCUGCUACAUCUGUGCUGGCAACGUGGAAAAGCUUGUGGCUUGUUGGACCAAAGCUCAGGAUGGCAACAGCCCCCUGGCCCUGCAGGAUUUGAUUGAGAAGGUGGUGAUCCUGCGCAGAGCUGUGCAGCUCACCCAGGCUGUGGACCCCAACGCCGUGGGGGCCCUCUUGGCUGAGAAGAUGAGCCAGUAUGCCAACCUGCUGGCUGCCCAGGGCAGCAUUGCUGCAGCUUUGACCUUCCUGCCUGCCAACACCAACCAGCCAAACAUCGUGCUGCUGCGCGACCGGCUCUGCAGAGCCCAGGAGGAGCUCCCCGGGGCCCAGCAGCCCCUCAAGGCAGCCACUGAGAGGCAGCCUGUGCCCAAGGGACGAGCUGGCCCCGGGGCUGGCCAGCUGCAGGGGACCCAGCCUCCAGCCCAGCAGUAUUACCAACAGGUUAGAAUUGCCCCUACUGUCACUACCUGGAGUAACAAAACUCCUACUGCCCUUCCCAGCCAUCCUUCUGCAGGCUGUCCCUCUGACACACAGGGAGACAACCCUCCUCCUGCAGGCUUCAUCGUGCCAGCUGCCCUCAGCCCUGCCGUGCCGGCGCAGCAGGCCCCAGCCUCCGGCUACAGCCUCUACUCGCAGGCAGGCGCCCGCCCAGCCUACCCUCAGAUGUAUCAGGCCACACAGCAGUACUCUUGUGGAACAGGGGGACCAGCACUCUAUCAGCUUCAGCAGCCUCUCACUGCCCCUGCUUCAGCCUCUUACCCUAACCCUGCUCCCAACACCACCCCUCCCUACCUCUCCUCUGCCCCUGCCCACUCCGUGCCCUCCCCGCUGUACCCCGGGCAGCCUCAACCCUCCCCGACCAGCCUGACCCCAGCCUCCUCCUUCCCUCCUCCUCCUCCUUCUGGCACCUCCUUUCAGCAUGGCAGGCCAGGACCACCAGCAACCUCUGUGGCUUAUGCAUUACCUACUGGACCAACAGGUACUCUGCCUGCAACCAGUGACCUUCCUGCAUCCCAGAGAACAGAUCACUUCCCAGCUCCAGACCAGGCCUCUCUCCUCACAGGACCUCAGAAUGGAUGGAAUGACCCUCCUGCCCUGAACAGAGCUGCCAAGAAGAAGGUCCCUGAUAACUUCCAGCCCCCGGUGCCCAUCACCUCCCCCAUCAUGAACCCGCUGGCAGACGCGCAGUGCCCGCUGCAGCAGCCCGCGGCUCCGGCCCCCCUCCUGGGCACGCCUGGCUUCCAGCCCCCACAGCUGCUGCCAGGGCCCCCAGGCCAGGGGGGCUUCUCCCCUGCAGCCCAGCCCCCAGGGCCCUGCAUCCUGCCUCCUGCUGCCUCCAAGCCCAGCACGGAGGGGGCUCCCGGGGCCCCCAUCGGCAAUGCCAUCCAGCAUGUGCAGGCCCUGCCAACAGAGAAGAUUACCAAGAAGCCCAUCCCUGAGGAGCACCUUGUUCUGAAGACCACCUUUGAGGCCCUCAUCCAGAGGUGCCUGCUGUCUGCCUCCGACCCGCAAACCAAGAGGAAGCUUGACGACGCCAACAAGCGCCUGGAGUUCCUCUAUGACAAGCUUAGGGAGCAGACACUCUCCCCAGCCAUCCUCAGUGGCUUGCACAGCAUGGUGAAGAGCAUCGAGGGCCGCAACUACCAGGAGGGGCUGAACAUCCACACGCACAUCGUCAGCACCAGCAACUUCAGCGAGACCUCUGCUUUCAUGCCUGUCCUGAAGGUUGUCCUGACCCAGGCCAACAAGCUGGGGGUCUGAAGGGAGCCUGCUCUGGCCAGGCCUUUGAGGGUUGCUUUUCCAAAGAGGUUCACCUCCACAGCCGAGGUGCGGGGGCCGGAGCAGGAGCCCUGCUCCCCGCGGCGCAGGCGAGCGGCGCUUCCACUCUCCCUUCUAGGAGGGCCCUGGAGCCCUGGUGCUUUCCUUGUUUUCCUCCUCCUCACCCCCAACUCUCCAGGUCAGCCUGUUUAAUGGAUGCUGCCCAUCCUGUCAGUUUUUAGAUGCAUGUCUUACUGCUACCCAGUGGCUUUUAAUGCCGGAUCUGUGUUCAGGCGAGGCCCGAGGCUGUGUAUCAGAGCCCGAACCAGAUGGUUCCCUUCACCACCCCCCACUCUCCCUGCUCCACCAGAUUAAAGAGCCUGAUCCCUACUAUCAAGUGUAGUUGGUCUUUCAUUCUAUGGAGCUGCUUUGGCACUUCUCCAUGGUCAGUAGCUUCCUUUUGCACUGGGCCCAAAGAGCAAACUAAAGGCUGCUGUGAUAUUUUCAAUAAAUGUUAAUUUAUAAGAA